AUUGCAUGGCUACCAGUAAGGCACGGAGCUGUGGAACGAAGAUGCCGUCCUGCAUGGAGUCAACCCAUCAGUCCACACCACACUACAUGCCUGUAUGGGCAGGGGCCAUGGGCAUCGCCAAUCCUCAAUUUCGCUAUUCGCAAAAGCAUUUUUCGCAAAUUCGCUGCGCCGUGUCGUCUGGUGACAUUCAGCUGGGAGUCCGGCCUCUAACCUCAGAAACACGGUGUUCAAACACCUGCAUGCGACACCAUGGAUCCGUCCGAAUCGCUCUCGAAACGCGACGGCGCACCCUGCGCGGUGCCCCAACGCACCAUCAAGCCAUCUAGCCCUAGAAAUCCCCCACAGCCACUGACGCGCCUCUCAAGGCACCGUCGCAGAGAUUCCAAGAUUCCACUGUCCCCGAUCAUCCUCAGAUCCCUAAGGACCAUCCCUUGAUCCUCUGAUCCUCUGAUCCUCACUCCCUCGCCAAUAAGGCUGCGCAUUGGUGUCAUAUAUUCUCUCGCUUUCAGCCCUCGAGCCAUGUCUCUUCCUAGCGACGCUCGGACCACCGUGACUGCUGGCAGCGGUGGUUUUGGUGGCGUUAAAAAGGCGGUGGAAUCUGAUGGGUGUGGUGGUGGCGGUGGCAGCGAGAGGGCGGUGGGAUUCGUGGGUCUGGGUGCGAUGGGCGCCGGCAUGGCAGCAGCUCUGGUGAAGCAAGGCUUCGCUGUGAAGGGAUUCGAUGUAUACCCCCCUGCAUGUGAGAAGCUGAAAGCAGCAGGGGGUGCUGCUGCAGCCUCUGCAGCCGAUGCUGCUGAAGGCGCGCCUGUCGUGGUGCUGAUGAUUGCCACAUCGCAGCAGGCAGAGGCGGCUCUCUUUGGGAAUCAGGGAGCGUUGGAUGCACUCCCCCGCGCUGCUGUGGUCGUGCUCUGCUCCACUGUGCCGCCUGACUUUGCCUGCAGCCUCGGCCGCAAGCUGGCAGCCCAGGGCGAGGCGUGGGAGCUGGUGGAUGCACCCGUGUCAGGAGGGGUGGCAUGUGCUGCUGACGGCGGCACCCUCACUAUCAUGGCCUCGGCUGCACCUGCUGCUCUUGCCAAGGCGCGGCCAGUGCUGGAAGCCAUGAGUGUGCAUCUCUACACCGUUGGCGAUCAGCCAGGAGCAGGCAGCAUGAUGAAGAUGGUCAAUCAGCUGCUGGCCGGGGUGCACGUGCUGGCAGCAGCGGAGGCCAUGGCUCUAGCAGCGAGGGCGGGGCUCAACCCACGCAUGGUGUUUGACGUCGUAUCCCAUGCUGCUGGCAACUAGUGGAUGUUUGAGAACCGAGUGCCGCACAUGCUCAAUGACGACUACACCCCUCGCGGAGCCCUCAACAACUUUAUCAAGGACCUGGGCAUAAUUCUUGGUGAGGCGCAGGCGAUGGCCUUUCCUGUGCCCCUAGCUGCUGCCGCACUCCAGCAGUUCCUCACAGGCGCGGCAGCAGGACUGGGAAGAGAAGACGAUGCUGCAGUGGUCAAAGUCUAUGAGUGUCUUGCACGGGUGACAGUCUCCACUCCCCUCCCUUCCCCCUCUCUUCCGCCGUCCUCCACCCAUCAACCUUCCUAUCCACCGUCCUCCUCCUCCCCUCACGCCUCCUCUCCACCUCCUCCUCCUCCCCUCCUGGACCCCAGCAUCCAAUCAUAGCCCGCCUUGCUGGCGGUCCUGCUGCCCCAAUGGAGGGGCAGCCUGGAAGUUGUUGGGGGAGGGGAGGAGACAUUAGUGUAGGGAUGGGGGUACAAGGUUGGGAAGACCUGCCUAUAUAGACAACCCUCAAAUGUCUAAAUGGAAAGGUGCCUUGCUGAUUUCCCCCGCUGAUUCCCCCCCACCCAAACGCUACUGCUACCAAUUUUGUGGCCUCCUUCAAUGAACAGGGUUUGUCCCCCCCACCUUUUCGUUUUCCCUUCAUAUAGCAAAUGCAUCAUACCGUAGAUCACCCAAGAUACCAUUGUGCACUCACGCAUUCAUAUCGUAUUUGGAGUAGUAAGACUCGUAAGA